UUAUUGAAUCAGAAAGCUAUAGGCCUCAUCCUCUGUGCACUCCUACAGCAGCUGAAGCAGGGAAUUUUCUAGUGGUGUUUAUCAAUAUCAUUUCUUUAUUCCUGCCUGUUGAUAUUUUCUGGAGAAUAUACGAAAGCUAUGGAGCAAAACUACCAUAAAGAUCACCUGGCUUGCCAUAACUGUGAUAAGAAGCUAGUUGCCUGUCGCUACAUCCUCAAGGAGGAAAACCCUUACUGCAUCCCUUGCUACCAGGAGCAGUUCGCUCACAACUGUGAGGAGUGCAAGAAACCAAUUGGUCCUGACUACAAGGACCUGUCGUACAAGGAUCGCCACUGGCACGAGUUUUGUUUUAAGUGUUUUGAAUGCCAAAAGUCCUUGGUUGAUCAACCCUUUGCUCCUAAAAAUGAGAAUAUUUUUUGCUCCGACUGCCAUGAUGACAAGUUUGCUGCUCGCUGUGAUGGAUGUGAAAAACCAUUCAGGGGAGUAUUUCGUCAUCCUGAUGUUGCUGGCAUGAAGAAAUUUGAGUACCGUGGAAAACAGUGGCAUGAGGAGUGCUUCUGCUGUAUGGUUUGUAAAGAGCCCAUUAGGAACAAGAGCUUCAUCCCACGUGACCAGGAUGUGGUGUGUGUGCCAUGCUAUGAAGAUCAGUUUGCCCAAAAGUGUAGCAAAUGCAGUGGAGUUAUCAAUAAAGGGGGUGUGGCCUACAAGAACCAGCCGUGGCACAAGGAGUGUUUCACCUGUACCAACUGUAGCAAAGAGCUGGCCAAGGAGAAGUUCACUUCACGUGAUGAGAAACCCUUCUGUGCUUCCUGCUAUGGUGACCUCUUCGCCAAGAAGUGCUGCAGAUGCUCCAAUGCUAUUACAGGCUUUGGUGGAACAAAAUUCAUCUCUUUCGAAGAUCGCAAUUGGCACAGCGACUGUUUCGUGUGCAGCAAAUGUGAAGCAUCCAUGGUUGGACGUGGUUUCCUGAUGAAUGAAGGGAGUGUACUCUGCCCUGACUGCGGACGCAGUUAAAUAACUCAGCCCUGAUAAAUAGAUAAUAUAUUCUGCUGUAAGCCUGUGUCAGGUUACGAUGGCUUGGAUAUGGGGUAGGAUGCAGAUUUAUAAAUUUGGGCAGACCUCAUUUAUCGGGUUUUUUUUGAAAAAUUGAUAAAAAGAUGACAAAAUAUGUAACCACAGUCUGUUCACUAAAAUGAGACAGUGUCACAGUUUAUAUUAGAGACUUCCAGCUUUGUACAUAGGGAACUAUAUGAAUAAGGAAUGAUGGUUUUCAGGACCAUAGAAAGGGUUAUAUAAACAGAAUUAUUGAUGGAGAUGGAUUUAUUAUGCCCAUUACUAGAUCUGCAUUCUACCUAUAUCUGUUGUCACUAUACAAUGUUAGUACCAAGACAUGCCUUUGUGUGGUUUUGUAAAAGUGACACACCCAUAAUACUGUCCAUAUUUGAGAUUGAUAUCACAACAGAUGAUCUAAACUUACUUAGUGUUCGCCUCUGGUUUUUUUUUUUUUUUUUUUUGGUUUUUUGGUUUUUUUUGUUAUUUUUUGGUUUUUUUUUGUGAGUUUUAUAAUAUUUAUUGAACUAAGCUGAAAUAGCAGAAUGCUACAGAAACUUGUAUAUAAUCAAAAUAUACUCUCAGAUUUUAUAUUAUUCUUGAUAGACUUUUACUGUUUUCCUUCAUUAUCAUAUUUAUAUGACAUUUGACUGCCGUCAUUAUCGUCAUACCAGAACUGCAUUGCGAUUGAUAACAAUACAUAGAUGUAAAGGUUAAAAAGUAAGAGAGAAAUCGUGAUGACAUUUUUAGUUGCAUUUCUCAUUUUAUCAUAUGAUAGUAUGCAUAUUGGAGCUUAGAUUUUUCCAAACUGCAUAUAUAUUUGUUGAAAUGUGAUUUCUCUCAUUUAGUCUGAUAUAACGUCUAUUGUUGUUUUAUCAAGUUAGAUAAGUUAUAUUGUUUAAAUCAUUUAAGAAGAUUGAAUUUUAUGUCCAUUUUCAUAAUGAAAAAAAAAAAACAGGUAAAAAUAUUAACAUUAAAAGGCAUUUUGACUUAGGAGCUGUCUGCCCUGUGUUUGUCUGUAUGGAGACAAAGAAUGUUCCUUUUUUGUCGGUAUCAAUAAGUAUCACUGCCAGCGAUAUUGCAAUAUCUAUAUACAUAUGUACCUGCCAGUAUUUAUGCCUUACUAUAUAUAAGAUACCUGUACAGCAUUGAAAAAAAUAUUUCCAGAUGUGCUAAAUCACUGCAUUGGUUUCUUUGUUUGAUAUACCAUAUGCUGAAAUUUGAGUGUCUGAGGAAUAAAUAAAAGAAUUAAUCCAUGUUUCAGUGUUGGAAAGAACAUUAGAUCUAUAUGCAAUAUUGACAGAACCUCAUCACGUUGGAUGAAAUCUACUUUUACCAAAAAGUAGUUGCAAGUUAUUGAAAGUGUAUCUAGAGAGAGUUGAUGGGUGUGAUGCUAUUCCUUAUUAAAGGGAGAUAAUUAUCAUUAAUGAAAUAUUUCUUGUCAAAAGAACCAGAGUUUAAGGGCAUUCCAUGUGGUAUAUAUUUAACUGAAAAAUUUGAUAUAGAUCUUCUUCUUUAGAACCAAAAGGUUGCAGCCUUUUAUUUGAGUGAAAGGAAUGCUGUUAUAUUAUUACAUCACAGUUCAUGCACCAAAUGUCUGUAAAUCUUGGACAAUUACAACUGUUUGUUAUGUAAACCAGUCCUGCUCUACUUCACACCUUCCACACUUUAUAGAUUAUUACAGCGUCCCUACUAUUACUAAUUUAAACGUUAAUGUCUCAUCUUGUUAUUUCUGUUUCCUUUUUGAUUAUGUAUUUGAAAAAUUCUGCAGUUUACACGUGUCAUCCACUUAUUUUGCGAUUACCUUAAAACCCUCUAUACAAACAUGAAUGUCUUUGCCCUCACACAAACACUUGGUUCAGCAUUAUUUUACAAAAUAUUUCCAAAAUUUGAAUCUCCAUAAAAAGACAAAAAAUGAAAACUGCUUUUGCAAGAUCUCCUGUCAAGGUAAAAGUUGUAUGCAAAUUAUGAUUGUAUUAAUGUUUGAUUUGCUGUGUCAACUAUUACUGUCAUGGUGAAUUUUUAAUGAAAUGUUGUUGAUGUUUUUCUCUGUCCUCUAUUUCUUUGUUAAUAAAAUGACAAAUUAUAUUAUUAUGUAAAUAAUUCGUGUUACAUAUUAAAUUAAUAUGCAAAUAAGACUAAUAAUGAUUUGCUCUAUUGUGAUUAUAAUAGAUGUGAUACUAUAGAACUUUUGUUUGGUGGUUUUUCUGCUGAAAACCCUACAGAUUGGAUCUCUUUCACAUUGGAAAGAAUAUUAUAAAAUUACUAUAGACAUUCAUUGGCCAUUUUUAGCCCAUUUCAAGAGCUGGAGUGUGUCAAUGGCACUUGAUUUACAAGGCAUGCAUUCUGUAUGUGGAUGCAAAGUUUGUGGCCAACAAAAGUUUAGGAGCUUUGGGUUCAUAAAAAAUAAUUAUCUGCUAGACUUGAGCUUCCGGCACUUUGAAUACUUUUCAAAUUAUAUUUAAAUGUAUAUAACGGAAUUUUAAUAAAGUAGUAAAAAAGUCAGUGUGUUUGUUUAUAUAGAUAGGUCUUUAUUUUCAAAUUUUUUCGUAUGUUGUGUCAUGUUAUCUUCCUGUAAUUGAUUUUAUAGUAAUAAGGAAUGCAGUGAUGAGGCAGAGAUGAGAUGAGUGAUUUGCCCGUAGGAAAUUCAUAUAGAGGCACGUUUGUUGAACAAUAUUGUAUAAAGAUAGCAUUUAGUUAUAGCACUGUUGGCUGUUGGUUAAAUCAUUUUCAUCAUACAUAGAAACACUGUGGAAUGUUCUAUAAAUGCAUGGUCAACAUCGUAUUUUAUUCCUGGAGUGACAAGUUUUCUGACCAGUGCUGAUGUGGAAAUGUAUCUGUUUCCCUAUACAAUUUUCACCUGUAGAAAAGCAUUAAUUUUACUACACUGCAUGACUCAUAUGAAGUGCAGUGUAUCAUGUGUAAUAUUUUUAUCUCUGGAUAUUUCCAGAAAUUGCUGUUUCCUUGUGGAAAACAUGUGAAACAUAUUUGCUCUUUGGUGUCAUUGAGGACAGUUUUACAGCAUCAGUAAUUUUAAGUCACAAAUGUUUUUGAUAAAUUUCACCACAAUAAACUAUAUGUAUCAAUGGCAAUAAUAUUAUUUCUAAAAGUCAAUUUAUUGUGAAUAUUAUAGGAAAUAUUCAAUUAUGCCAAUAAAUGUGAUGAAAGAGUUCAAAUAUUGGACUUAAAUGUAAAAUUAUGCUGUAGUAAACAGUUUGGCCUCUGUGGUCCUGCUACAUGUAUAUACAGAAUCUCCAGACAUUGUUUGUAGUAGCUCAGUACUGCUGCAGUUUAGUGUUUAUUCAGAGUUAACACUUUUGUUAAAGAUGAUCAUCAUAAACAAGUGUUCUUGUCAUUCCGGUAAUGUGAAUCUUGCCCGAUUCUUCUAUCAGAUUACCAAAACGGAACUCCCAAGAUUUGAAUUUUUUUCAGAGAUAUUUUCAAAUAUGUAUGACUAGAUGAAAGAAAAGGAGUUUCCAAGUGAAAGCAGGAUUCACUUUACACGGAUUGUUUCACCUGAUCUAUUGUCCAGACAAGAUACAUUGGGACAUCUAGCUGAUGUGUAAGAGGGUAUUCAGCUCCAGGUCUCAAUAACAUUGAUCAUGGUUAUGGACAAGGUGACACCUCCAUACAAGUGAUUGCCAGGCAUCGUUACAAGCGCAGGGGUAAUUUUGGGAUGACGUGACACCACCAGUCCAAGGGUUGUUUUGGAGUGACAUGUCGCCACCAAUCCAAAGGUUAUUUUGAUUUGAUGUUCAAGUGUGACCUGUCUGUACUUGUGUUAGGUCUGUACUAGACAAGAGCCCCAAGGUUUGUUAUAGAGGUGACUAAGGAGACUUGAUGUCCCAGUGUGACCUGUCUGUACUUGUGGUGUUAGGUCUGUACUAGACAAGAGCCCCAAGGUUUGUUAUAGAGGUGACUAAGGAGAUUUGAUGUCCCAGUGUGACCUGUCUGUACUUGUGGUGUUAGGUCUGUACUAGACAAGAGGACCAAGGUUUGUUAUAGAGGUGACUAAGGAGACUUGAUGUCCCAGUGUGACCUGUCUGUACUUGUGUUAGGUCUGUACUAGACAAGAGGCCCAAGGUUUGUUAUAGAGGUGACUAAGGAGAGUUGAUGUCCCAGUGUGACCUGUCUGUACUUGUGGUGUUAGGUCUGUACUAGACCAGAGCCCCAAGGUUUGUUAUAGAGGUGACUAAGGAGACUUGAUGUCCCAGUGUGACCUGUCUGUACUUGUGGUGUUAGGUCUGUACUAGACAAGAGGCCCAAGGUUUGUUAUAGAGUUGACUAAGGAGAUUUGAUGUCCCAGUGUGACCUGUCUGUACUUGUGGUGUUAGGUCUGUACUAGACAAGAGCCCCAAGGUUUGUUAUAGAGGUGACUAAGGAGACUUGAUGUCCCAGUGUGACCUGUCUGUACUUGUGGUGUUAGGUCUGUACUAGACAAGAGGCCCAAGGUUUGUUAUAGAGGUGACUAAGGAGACUUGAUGUCCCAGUGUGACCUGUCUGUACUUGUGGUGUUAGGUCUGUACUAGACAAGAGCCCCAAGGUUUGUUAUAGAGGUGACUAAGGAGACUUGAUGUCCCAGUGUGACCUGUCUGUACUUGUGGUGUUAGGUCUGUACUAGACAAGAGGCCCAAGGUUUGUUAUAGAGGUGACUAAGGAGACUUGAUGUCCCAGUGUGACCUGUCUGUACUUGUGGUGUUAGGUCUGUACUAGACAAGAGCCCCAAGGUUUGUUAUAGAGGUGACUAAGGAGACUUGAUGUCCCAGUGUGACCUGUCUGUACUUGUGGUGUUAGGUCUGUACUAGAUGUACCUAACAUACUUCAUAUUAAUCACCCACCUCUAGACAUGGUGGUUGUUAACUCAAUAAACAUUGCUUGCAUUA